CCCUCUAUUUCUCUCAGGAAAUCCCGUACUCCAGAACUCAAGAUUUCCUCUACAGCUACUCCUCUUCCUCCAUUCUUCAAGACUCCUUCUCUCUCAUUUAAGCUUUUCUUUGGUCUAACAUAUAUAUAAAUAAGAAAUGGAGACGGUCACCAAGAAUGGCUACCAAAAUGGUUCUUUGGAGAGUUUGUGCGUCAACCAACUUGAUCCACUCAGCUGGGGAGUUGCUGCCGAGGCAAUGAAAGGAAGCCACUUAGAUGAAGUCAAACGUAUGGUGGCUGAUUAUAGGAAGCCUGUUGUCAAGCUUGGAGGUGAGACCUUGACCAUUGCUCAGGUUGCAUCCAUUGCUGGUCAUGAUACUGGUGAUGUCAAGGUGGAGCUUUCUGAGUCUGCAAGGCCUGGUGUCAAGGCUAGCAGUGACUGGGUCAUGGAUAGCAUGGACAAGGGAACUGAUAGUUAUGGCGUUACUACUGGUUUUGGUGCCACUUCUCACAGAAGAACCAAACAAGGCGGUGCUCUUCAGAAGGAACUUAUUAGAUUCUUGAAUGCUGGGAUCUUUGGCAAUGGAACGGAAACAUGCCACACACUGCCUCACUCAGCAACUAGAGCAGCAAUGCUUGUCAGAAUCAACACUCUCCUCCAAGGUUACUCUGGCAUCAGAUUUGAAAUCUUGGAAGCUAUUACCAGGCUCCUCAAUAACAACAUCACUCCAUGCUUGCCACUACGAGGCACAAUCACUGCUUCAGGUGAUUUAGUUCCGCUAUCCUACAUUGCUGGAUUACUGACUGGCAGGCCCAAUUCCAAGGCCACUGGUCCCACCGGAGAAGUGCUAGAUGCUGCUGAAGCCUUUAAAGCAGCUGGCAUUGAAUCUGGAUUCUUUGAGUUGCAGCCUAAAGAAGGCCUUGCUCUAGUUAAUGGAACUGCAGUUGGUUCUGGCUUGGCUUCUAUGGUUCUUUUCGAGACGAACGUUCUUGCUGUCUUAUCGGAACUCUUGUCAGCAAUUUUUGCUGAGGUUAUGAAUGGUAAACCUGAAUUCACUGACCAUUUGACACACAAAUUGAAGCACCAUCCAGGUCAAAUUGAGGCUGCAGCUAUAAUGGAGCACAUUUUAGAUGGCAGCGCUUACAUGAAGGCAGCUAAGAAGUUGCAUGAAACGGACCCCUUGCAGAAACCAAAGCAGGAUCGCUAUGCUCUAAGGACUUCACCCCAAUGGCUUGGUCCCCAGAUUGAAGUAAUCCGAUUCUCGACCAAGUCAAUUGAAAGAGAGAUUAAUUCAGUGAACGACAACCCUCUAAUUGAUGUUUCAAGGAACAAGGCUAUACAUGGUGGUAACUUCCAGGGAACUCCAAUUGGAGUCUCAAUGGAUAAUGUACGUUUGGCUAUUGCAUCAAUAGGCAAGCUGCUAUUUGCUCAGUUCAGUGAGCUCGUAAAUGAUUUCUACAACAAUGGAUUGCCAUCGAAUCUCACUGCUAGCAGGAAUCCAAGUUUGGAUUAUGGCUUCAAGGGAGCUGAAAUAGCAAUGGCCUCCUACUGUUCUGAGCUUCAGUAUCUCGCCAAUCCAGUCACCACCCAUGUGCAAAGUGCCGAGCAGCACAAUCAAGAUGUUAACUCGUUGGGGCUUAUCUCUUCAAGAAAGACAGCAGAAGCUGUUGAUAUCUUGAAGCUCAUGUCCACAACCUUCUUAGUGGCUCUUUGCCAAGCUAUCGACUUGAGGCACUUGGAAGAGAACUUGAAGAGCGCAGUCAAGAACACAGUUAGUCAAGUAUCCAAGAGGGUUUUAACUACAGGUGCCAACGGAGAACUUCACCCAUCAAGGUUCUGUGAGAAGGAGUUGCUCAAGGUGGUUGAUCGUGAAUAUGUCUUUGCCUAUGUGGAUGACCCCUGCAGUGCUACCUAUCCAUUGAUGCAGAAACUAAGGCAAGUUUUUGUUGACCAUGCGUUGGAAAAUGGAGAGAACGAGAAGAAUUUUAGCACUUCAGUCUUCCAAAAGAUUGAAGCUUUCGAGGAAGAACUGAAGGCUCUUUUGCCAAAAGAAGUUGAGAGCGCAAGAGCAGCAUAUGAUAGUGGGAAUUCAGCAAUUGACAACAAGAUCAAGGAAUGUAGGUCUUAUCCACUGUACAAGUUUGUGAGGGAGGAGUUGGGAACUGUAUUGCUCACUGGCGAAAAGGUCCAAUCGCCCGGCGAGGAGUUCGACAAGGUGUUUACAGCUAUGUGCCAGGGGAAGAUCAUUGACCCAAUGCUGGAGUGCCUUGGGGAAUGGAAUGGUUCCCCUCUUCCUAUCUGUUAAGUGUUUUCUUUUACCAAUAAAUUUGUUGUAUUUUUUUUACAUUUGUUUCGACGGCUUUUCUGUCCUUACAGUUUCUUGGCUAUGUAAUAUACAUAUAUAAUGUCAUGGAAAGGAAAAAUCAGUUCCGAAUAUUUCUAUUUCAA